AUGGUUCACUUUUGCAUUCCCGAAGGUCAUUUAAACGGUUCAAAAGAGUUCGUGAUGUUCGGGAGACUGAGUGUGUUUUCUCGGUUAUCAUAUCGAAGGACUCUUAAUUUAUUUCGAGAGUAUUGUGCAGAAGCAGAACUUUUGGUAGAAGAUGGGAACAAAUCAAGGGGUUGCAAACCUUUACGCCCUUUAUAUUUUGAUUUUCAAGCGUCUACACAAAUGGAUCCUCGGGUACUAGAUGCUAUGCUUCCAUUCUACAUAAAUCACUUCGGUAACCCUCACUCACGUACGCAUGAGUAUGGUUGGUAUUGUGAAGAGGCCGUUGAAAAAGCUAGAGUGAAUGUGGCUAACCAGAUAAACGCAGAUCACAAAGAGAUCAUUUUCACCAGUGGUGCGACGGAAAGCAAUAAUCUAGCUGUGAAAGGUGUUGCCAAGUUUUACCACCCAAAGAAAAAACACAUUAUAACUACACAGAUCGAGCAUAAAUGCGUCUUGGAUUCUUGCAGAGUACUGGAAAACAGUGGGUUUGAUGUGACUUAUCUGCCUGUUCAAAAAAAUGGCAUUUUGGAUCUGGAGGUUUUAGAAAGGGCUAUUAAGCCAGAAACAAGCCUGGUGUCCGUUAUAGCUGUUAAUAACGAGAUAGGUGUCCUGCAACCUAUAGAAGAAAUCGGAAAACUGUGUCGAAGUAAAGGGGUUUUCUUCCAUACUGAUGCUGCACAAGCGUUCGGCAAAGUGCCACUUGAUGUUAAUACAAUGAAUGUUGACCUCAUGUCUAUUAGUGGUCACAAAAUAUAUGGUCCUCAGGGUAUUGGUGCUCUCUACGUACGUCGUCGACCUAGGGUUCGAUUAGAAGCCCAGCAAAGUGGAGGUGGACAGGAACGCGGGUUGAGAUCUGGCACUCUUCCUACGGCUUUAGUUGUUGGUUUAGGUGAAGCGAGCCGUUUGGCAAGUGAGGAAAUGAAAGACGAUUAUGAACAUGUCUCCACCUUAAGUAGACGUUUAAUUGAUGGUAUCACUUCCAAAAUUCAACAUGUUACCCUCAAUGGUGAUCCGAUUCAACGUUAUCCAGGCUGUGUGAACUUUAGUUUUGCAUGUAUAGAAGGUGAAAGCUUACUUAUGGCUCUUAAAAAUGUUGCUCUAUCAUCUGGAAGUGCAUGUACAUCUGCUUCACUAGAGCCAUCUUAUGUUUUAAGAGCAAUAGGGACUGAAGAGGAUUUAGCACAUUCUAGUAUUCGAUUUGGUAUCGGACGAUUUACUACUGAAGAAGAAGUUGAUUUUACAGUCGCUGAACUAAUUAAACAUGUCCAGAGGCUCCGUGAAAUGAGUCCAUUAUGGGAAAUGAUAUCGGAGGGAAUCGAUAUUAAGUCUAUACAAUGGACACAACAUUGAUUACAUGUUCCACUUUAUCAGAAGUUUGUCUGUACUACUAAAGACUUUCAGAUUCUUUCGCUUUCUAAUUGAAACUAAACUGUUGAAAAAUGUCCAACUGAUAUUUGGAUAAUGAAACUUCAAGAGAAACUUUUUAUUGCUUUGAAUAUUUCAAAAUAAGUGACAUUUAUUCACAUUUCUACAUUAAAAAUCAUCUCUUAUUUUAGUUAAUUUCAAAGUAUAUAUGUAUGUAUUAGCGUUGAUGUUAUUACUUUUUUGGGUUUUUUCACGGUAUGAAGUGCUUUGAUAGUGUGUUGGUGUUUCCAUAAACACAGUAAUCUACAGUUCCUUAUUCACCAAUCAGUGCAGGGUUUAAUAAUAUUUCAACUCUUUUUUUGAAGCGAUUGAUACAGUUUGUAACUGGUUUUUGCCACUAAGUUAGUCAUAAAAAGAUGGGUAAUACAAAAUUGAUCGUUUGUUUCAGGUGGAACUUCUAGUCAUUGCUGGCGUAUAACCACACUUAUCAGCAUUUCCAU